UACGUAUGGUAUGGUCACGUGACCAUACGUACAUAAACAAACCAUGUCACACAAAAAAACAGUGACACAGUUUGCUAGCUAACGUUAGCUAAUAGCCACCUUUACCAAAUAACCGAAAAUUAAGACUUCAUACCCGUAACGUUUACAAGAAGCAACGAAGAGUGUCAGACCGUAUACCAGUAGUUAUGUAGCUAGUUAGCCAGAGUAGCAGUCAUUUAGCUAGGUUAGCUAGCGCUGGAACGGCAGUUCCAUGGCAUCCUCAGCGGGAAGCGAAGUCCGAGCCCUCGGCCCUAGCGAAGGGACUUUGGGAGCACUGCCCAGUGCUCGGCCACCACUUCGCUCUCACCACCUACACACCACAACCACCGCAGGUUCCCCUGGAUCUCUGAUGGUGGAGUCGGUGGACGACGCGGAGGGUCUGUAUGUCGCGGUGGAGAGAUGUCCUCUCUGCAACACCGCCAGGCGCAGGCUGACUUGUGCCCGGUGCAUCCAGGCAGGGGAUUUCGUGUACUUCGACGGUAGAAACCCCGAACUAUACACUGAAAAAUUGACAAGACUUAAAAUGCUGAAGGAGAAGAAAGAACUUCUUGAACAGAGGGUCAUUACUGCCAUGGAUAAGAAGGUCCAGGCAGAUCAGCUGAAAUGGAAGAUGAUGUCAUGCAAGAUGAAGAUUGAGCAGCUGAAGGAGGCCAUUGGCUGUGGGAACGAAGAGGUGAAGAGUGGUAAGGACCUGCUGCUUCGCUCCCAGGAGGAGAGCCAGAGGCUGCAGCGGCGGGCCAGCCGCCACCAGGAGAAGAGGGACAAGAUAGAGAGACACAACCAGCGGCUGGGAGAACUGCUGGAGAAGAAGGGCAAGGAGCUGCAGGGUCGUCUGGAUCACCUGGCUGAGGUCCGCAAGGGACACAUCCUGGAGCUCACUGCUCACAUCUUCCCCACACAGGAGGAGAAACAGGGCAGCAGGGACCCAGCGGACAUAUUGUCAGAGUGUGACCUGGCUCUGACCUCCAGCACGGUGAGUGAGCUGGCUGAGGCCCGUCGCACCACCUACCUGUCAGGGCGCUGGAUCUGGGAUGACCAGAAUGGAGAAACCAGCAUUAGCAUCACCGGACCCAGGGUCACGCUGCCUAGCAACGGGGACUGCUCCCCCUAUUACAGCUGGGUGGAAGACAAGAGCACCAAUGAGGGGCCAGAGCUGGACCACAUCAACCCAGCCCACACCAUCAGUGCAGCUCUCUGCUAUGCUACCCAGCUCAUCAACAUCCUCUCUCAUAUCCUGGAUGUCAAUCUGCCCAAGAAGUUGUGCAACAGUGAGUUCUGUGGUGACAGCCUGAGCAGGUACAGGUUCACCCGUGCUGUCACCAAGCUCAACACCAACAUCCUCCACCUCUGCUUUUCACAGCAUGUUGAGAGUGAGCUGCUGCACCCUCACCACACCCUGAGGAACAUCAUGUUCCUGGUCUCUCCCGACAACAAGAACCUGGGCAGGACGGGUCCAUACGAGGUGACUGCAGAUCUGGAGGACUCCAUGGAGUUUGUGGAGCCGGAGGCGGCUGGCCCGGCGGAGGAGAGCGGGGACGAGAUGGUGACGGACGAGGAGACAGACCUGGGGACAGACUGGGAGACGGUCCCCAGCCCACGCUUCUGUGACAUCCCCUCCCAGCCCAUGGACCUGUCCCAGAGCAUGGCCAUGCAGGUGUCUCAGCCUGUGGGCCAGGCCGGGGGCAUGAUCUCCUCAGCAGCUGCCUCCGUCACCUCCUGGUUCCGGGCCUACACCGGCCAGCGCUGAGGGAGAGAAGCCUGGAGGCUCACUGACCAGGGUUGUAUUCAUUAGUGCAAAAUAUAUAUAAAUAAACGUUUUGUAAUGUAGAAUAAAAACUAGGGUUUCUUAUUGGACAAGUUCA